AUGGAUCUCGCCUACGACCAUAUUCAGGAGAACGCGUAUCCACAAGACCGAGAGGAGUCGAAUGAAACACCAACGCCGGAGCACCAGGAGGCAUCACUAAACAAUGAUUUACAAGAUGCGUAUAAAGCCAUCUCUUCAAGCGCCUGGGGCAUGAAGAUUGGCGGGUUUCUUGGAACUGUCAUGAAGCAGGGCGAAUCUGUUUACGCGCAAGCACAGAAAGAGCUCGCGGAGGUGGGAGAAGAUGCGAGCAAGGGCUUUACAGAUCUUAGAGAAUCAAUAUUGAACCGAACUCGAUCGCUAUCAGUGAAUACUGCCACCCCAGCUGACGGAACUAAGGAGGCAGAUGAUGCACAGUCAACCCCUACAAAAGCAAAAGCUGGCCCGUCAGACGAUGCGGCCGAACAAUCCGAGACAGUCCUGUCACGGCUACGAACGGAAGCUACUAAGCGCCUUAAGGAUCUACAAAAAGCCGAAGAUGCCGCUGAUGAAGCGUUGCUGCGUUUCGGUAGCAACGUACGAGAUUUCCUGCGUGAUGCUAUUAGCGUUGCGCCCCCAGACGAGUCGUCUCAGGACUCAACCGUUCUUUUCGAGAGCAAGGACGCGCAAGGCAAGCGUGUUAUCCACACGUCUCGAUUCGAUGCCCAGAUGCAUGUUAUCCAUACAUCUGUUGAGGGUUUCGCCAAAGACCCUACCGGCGACGAGUAUGAGAAGUGGACUAAAGAUUUCGAUGUUGAGAAGAAGACAGAUGAUAUCAGUGGCGAUCUUGCGAAGUACCCUGAGCUAAGAGCCACAAUGGAGAAGCUUGUGCCGGAUCAGGUUACCUACGCAGACUUUUGGAAACGUUACUACUUCUUGAGACACGGUAUUGAAACUGCGGAAUCACGACGACGAGAUCUUCUAAAAGCCGCCUCUGCUGAUGAUGAAGUUGGCUGGGACGAUGAUUCGGACGACGACGAAGAGGCAGAAAAGAAGACACCUGGCCAAAAGGCUAGCUCCGGAGCAUCGUCCACCACUAUUCAGCGACCGGAUGGCCUUCUCAAGCCAAAUGAGUCCCGAAAAUCCAAUGACGAGAAGUCACAAGCUGAUAGCGAAGCCAGCUAUGACGUCGUAGGAGCAACUUCAGGGAAAACAAGCCAGGCCCCAAAUAGCCCCAAGGACUCCAAGCAGGGUGACGACAGUGACGAUGACUGGGAAUAA